CACUCACGGCUUCCAUCGUAGAACCGGCUGGCCACAGAAACAAGCCUGUCGGGAUAACGCUGACGGAUCCAUCAAUCGGACGGUCCAGAUCUCAUCGGGCUCAGGAGCCGCCCGCCCCUCGUCCGAACCCUGCAGAGAGCUUGGCCACCACGGCGUUUUUUAAGUUCUUCCCCCGUCGUCCGUCGGGGACGGUGGGAGGACAGCCCCUGUAGGCGGAGGUUUCCCAGCGAGGGUUUUCUGUUUCGCUGGAUCGCGUCAAGCGUGGAUUGGCUUGGUUUACGAUGAAUGAACACGCUCAAGCUGGCAUCGUGGCUAGUUGAGUGUAAGAUUUUCUUGAUUAAUUGGUUUCUUGAUUUCGAGAUUAUCAGCAAUGGCUGGACGAGCAAGCUAGGAAAUUAAGAAAAUGAUUUGGUGUCGGGUUCAAUUUGCCCUUUAAUGAUGUGGUGACAUGCUUUGAGUAAAACAUUUGAAUUUUAAAUGGCGGAUUGUGCUGUUAUACCAUUGCGUGCCCAUCUGCAAAUGGAGGGGAUUCGGUCCAAAAGUAUUCUCUUCGUGCCUAAAAAAGCUUAUGCAAGGAUACCACAGAGGAAUUACUUAUUUAUGAAAAGUAAUCUUGUUUCUCAAUUUAAACCACCAAAAGUUCUUGUGAAUGGUGCUUCUUUUCGCAUAGCAUUGGAAGGAAGCCAGUGCAUGAAGGAGAGUUUCUUUAAAUGCUGUUGCUUUGGGUCUUUGACAGAUCCUGAGAGUGCAGUACCAUCAAAUUGGAUGUCUGUUGUUGACCAAAUGCUUCUAAUGGUCAGUAUAGUCUUUGCACAUUUGGCUGGGGCAAUACCCCGCAGUAGGGCUUAUAUUGGUGUGAAAAAUAACACUACGAGUCAACAUCAUGAUGCUGCAAGAUCAACCAAUUAUGGUAGGUCUACGGAGUCCAACAUGAAUGGUCCUUGGAUUGAAGUAAAAGAGAAACUUAUGGAUGCUUUGACUGCUAUUGAAAAUGAUGGAAGGAUGGAGAACAGAGCUGCUGAACAUGAAAAUGAAAGCAAAAUGCAUUCCUUGAAUAUCUUCGCUGUUGAUGAAGGUCCUAGACUACGGUUGCUUUGGGUUACGUUACAACAACUUCAAAAAGAGGUCGGUCAUAUCUCACAAACCCAAGAGUCUGUUAGCCGGGAUAUCUGGCUGCUGGUUGCCUUGGAAGUCAUAAAAGGAGCAACCCAGCCCAUCUACAUAAAAUGGCUUGAGGAGGAACUGACCCUGGAAAUUGGACAACCUGAAAUGAAGCUUACUGAUAGAAUGCUCGGGAAGUUAAAUGGAGAUGAUAGAAUCUUACAGAAUAUUAGUAGAUCUGGGAAGGCUGAACUCUAUGCAGACUUGCUGUUCUUCCUUAGAUUUGGUUCUCUCAGAAAUGGAUGCUGUUAUGACAAUAAACUUCUGACUCGACAUGGAGUUGACAUUCUAGAAGAUCUGGUGAUUCUGUUAGCAGAUGAAAUUGCAAGCAUUUAUCUUGAGCUUAUUUCUAUUGACAGUGAUAUGUCCAAUGAGAUUAACGGCUUGGGCUUAACAUUGUGUUCACUGUCCACCAGAUCGCUUCAAAGACUAAGAAAUGAGGUGGUAUUGAACCAGUGGCUUCAGCAAAACUUCAAGUCAGUUGUCACAAUGUAUGAGGACCGAUUUGAGUUAUUUGUCUUCAGCAGGAAACAGCUAGAGGACUCAGUUGAGAGUCGAAACGAAAAGAUUAUUUGGUGGAAGAAGUUUGCUUUCAGCAAGUCAACAAGAUCGUCCUCAUUGCAUCAUGUCCAGAUCAACCUCAUUUCCUUGCUUGUCAAACGAACCAAGGAGUUGAGAGCCUUGACCGGCUGGUACUGUUAUCUACUAGUGCAGUUCUUAUCGAAUGUUUUGCAUACAUGAUAAGGAGGUACUACUUUAGCUUGUAUCUGGAGCUCUUAGAUAUCACAAUGCCUUUUGCUAGUGCUGUUUUUACCAAGAUCAGGGGUGCUGUCUCUUUCUUCCUAAUGUGUAUGAUUGGAAGAUCUUUAGGACUCAUUUUUAAUGGGAUUAGGCAGUCCUUGGGCUGGAGGUAAGAUGUCUUUGUUUCAGUUUUCGGUUAGUUGUCACCAUUUAUCGACAUCUUUUUUUUCCUGAAACUAUGGGGAAAAAAUGAUGCAUGACAUUUGGAAAAGUUAAAGUUUUCUUCUAUUACCUACAAAAUAUAAAAAUUUCAGAAGCAAAUGAAUUUUUUUGGGCAAGCAUUUUUUGAUUGAUAAACGUUUUUCUUUUUUUUUUUAAUUUUAACUUUUUACUGCAACAACCUCUUCUAUUUGUUCAUCUUCUGGAAGGAUUGUAACUUUCCAAGAAAUUGAUAGUUCACCGCAGUUUGGUGCUGCAAAUUCUUCUGAUAUCUGUUCAACGUAUGCUAGACUUUGGUUUGGCCUUUUCUCAUUGCAUGUUUAGUUAUUUAGUUGGCCUGAGAAAUUUUAGGUGAAACUGAUUGUGAUUGGGGUAAGAUUCAGUCCAGAGCUUCAGGCUGAAGACGAGUGAGGCUUGAUGUUUGUUGUCAGAGCUAACCACAAGUCCACAACCAUAAACCGAGUUUCAAGUAUGAGAACCUUUACUUUUUCUCGAAAAAAGCCAAAGUCUGUAUGAGAACCUUUACUGCAUGUGAAAGAGGUGCGGUUUAACAUUUAUCAGCACUCAGGUUCUGAAAACAAAUAAAUUUGCAUUACUACAAUAUGAGAGAAAGUGAACAAUUGAAAGAGGCUCUUC